GAGAGAGAGAGAGAGAGAGAGGGAGUCAGAGAGGGAGCCAUCACUUCUACGACUUUUAAUCUUUCUGUCUCACGGAGCAGGCAGCUGGAUGUUAUUUGUAUCUUGCAGAAGAGACUUUCACAAAUCUGAUCCACAGAAUAAUAAUCUAGAAACAACAGAGGUCGUCUCAAGAAAAAGAACAGCAUGGGUGUUCAGGCUGUGCUCACCAUCAUCCUCCUGGUCGUAGCUACCGUGAAGGCUCAAGUCUGUUCAUCGAAGACAUUGGCAUUUUGUAAUACACAGAAACACAAUUAAUCAGAGAUGUAACAUUCUGGAGGACAACAUUUACUAUGACCUGUCCACAAAAUGGGGAUUGGUUCAAGAAUGAGGAUUCCAGACUAAAUGUCAGUACAUCGUAUACAGAAGAGUAUAACUCUGAGACCAGAGGCUUAUACUACUGUAAAUACAAGGAUGAAAACGACAAGGAAGAGAAAUAUUAUUUCUACGUGAAAGGAAAGGUAUGUGAAAACUGUUUUGAGGUCGACACAUUAGUGUUUGGGCUGUCCAUCGCUCUGGACAUGGUCGUUACCACACUUCUGAUGAUGGUGAUCUACAGGUAUACCAAGAAGAAAGUCCCUGCUGCACCUACGCGCUCUUCCACAGCACCUACUCGUUCAGGAGGCCGGGCUCCACCUGUCCCAUCUCCUGACUAUGAGCCACUGAACACUCGCACCAAGGAUAUUUACGCCAUGAUGAACAGGACGGGAUAGAGUCAAGUCACCUGACUGCGCCAGGUCACCACUUUAAAGGCUGCACAAGAUUAUACAUCAUGCUCCCAGUAGCAAUGCAUAUGCUGGCUUUUACUCUCAUGAAUUUGAAGAGUUGUAAAAAUGGCAAAAAGACAAAUGACUACUUACUCCUGAUAUGUCCUGGCCAGGUAUAGUAGCUUAGGUUUCAAUUGUCCAGGCAUUCUGCCACCACCGCAGCACAACAGUGGUGAGUGGUAUUUAGUUUGUGGUGCUCACAGUACAUAAAAAAUUACACAGAAAAACCACUUAAGGACUACUUUCUUCUAAAGAAAUCAUCCCUUUGAAAACUAUAAGGAGCGUGUUUAGAGAAUUAUUCAGUGUGAUGUCGACACUGUGUCUCUUUAUUGCUGUAGAUGAGUAAUUCCCAACCUGGAGGUACUUCAGCAGUUACCAGGAGGUCCGCGGAAAGAUUGUGUCACUCAGCUAAUUUGAAAACUUAGAAAUUAUGAUUGGAUAAUAUAACACAAGUGCCGCGAUUGAGAGUGCUUGAAAACAAUACGUUUUGAUUGACCACUGAAGACAAGAAUAGUGACAAAAUGGCAGCUCUAGGAUCAAUGUGUCUCCUUUUUUCUUUUUUUUUUUGGCAUAAAAUGCAAUCAUCUAUGACUGUCAAAGUUUGAGAAGUACUGCUGUAGACUGAUUUGAAUGUAAUCUUUGAGUACUGUGAGUGUCACAAAUUUCCAUUCAAGUGUGUUGUUUUGAUGUUGAGACAGAAUUUUUUUUUCUUUUAAAUAUACCCUCAGUCUUCACUUAUUCACGUUCAGCUGUACAGUCUAAUGCAAUCCAAUACAACUGUUCUGCCUUUCGACUUUUAUGAUGCCAAUGAUGUUCUUUUUUUUUCAGGUGUACCUAAUAGUGUAGAAACAUCUUUUAUGCUUUGAGCGUACUGUCCCUACAAUAAAUAAAAAAUCUGGAAGAGAGUACUGUACAAAUCAUAACCUUUAUUGUCAUUUUGAAUAGAGAGAUAUGUAUGUUUUCUGUGUGUAUGCUCAGCUGUUUAUUAGAUAGACCUAGCUAAAACUAAUGCAGAUUAAUACAGCAGUCUUGCAAUGUUAUAACUUUGGGGUUUUGUUGAAACUGCUUUAGAGAGGUGCUGAUUCAACUGUGUGGCCAUUUUGGAGGCUGCAGUUUGUGGUGCUGUUAAACUGUAUUACAUUACAGGGUUUCUAUCAUUAUGUCCACCCCCAUUUAUAACAGUGGGGGUAGGCUAAAUAACAAAAACUCCUCUCUGUAUAAUGCAACAUAGCUCAACAGCACCACAAACUUAAACGACCCAUAUGUACAUGUUUAUGUCAUUGUAAGUUACACUGUAAAAACAGCAGCAAAUAUUGACAUGUAAACUGUUCCUGCACAAACGUAUUUUGCUGAGCACAUCAACUUCUCAUCAUCUUUUUGCCUUUUCAUUCUAAUCUGCUGUGUUACUCUUAUUUUAACUGUAAGUGGCACAAGAUGUGUUACAAAAAAAUAAACAUCACAGUCAACAUCG